AUGCCGUCCCCAGAGGAUGAUGACCUUGGCGGUCUCAUCGGAGAUCUUGAAGCGGCCUCCAAGGUGCCUGCAAAGCGUCGUCAGACAAACAUCAAGUCGACGGUGGAGAAGGCGACCGCGCUGCUCUACGACAGAGGGGCGCUGCCGGACGAACUCGCCCGACUCGUCGACCUGCUCACUGUUCGCAACCACCUAGACCAGGCGAGCCUUGGUGCCAUUGUUCGAAACCUGUAUCCGUCAGGGAAGGUCAGCGAUGAGGUCGUCCUACGUUUUAUCGGCGCGUUGGGACACGGCCAGCUCAAGCCCUCCUUUCCGCUGCAAGCUCUGUUCCUCCGCUGGCUUGUGAUGGUUUAUCACUUGCUGGAGAACCCGGCCGUUCUCUCGCAGGUUUACAGCGUGCUGUUCAACCUGCUCGACACUGCCGCUAUCAGACCCCAGCUGUGCCAUCUCCUGGCGUUGGUGACGAGGCGGAAGCAUGUGAGGCCAUUUCGGAUCCAGGGCAUACUCGACGAGAUCCAGCAGCGGCGUUCUGAGUAUCGAGACGACCAGGGCGUGAGAAAUGGCUUUGCCGUGAACCAUGCGAUUGACCAAAAGCUGAAAACCGCAAGAUCUUCGCUCCCAAUAGUCCGCACUUUGCACGCCCAAGAGAGCUCGGUUACCUUGGAAGAAAUUGACAGCGCCGAGGCGUUCGCGAGGAAUCUCGAGAAAAUCGAGCUGCCCUCCCAGCUUGUGGCCGUCCUGGCCGAUCCGCUCCUCCAAAAGUUCUUGUUUUUGCGACCAAACGCCGAGGCAUCGUCCCGCAUCAGCAACUGGUUGAUGGCAUGCCUGGGCGACGUCGCCAGCGGUGAUGCUGAUUCGGAGAUAUUCCUGGACAUGGUCGAGGUUAUCCAUGAUUAUGUCGUCGCCACCAAGACAUUACCCCCUAUACUGCUCACAUUCUUUGCGCAAUUUUUGCGCAUAUGGAACGGCUCGGAGAAGCGGGAUAUUGUCUUUGAGUGCUUGAGUUUUGCCCCCCUGGCCGAGUUCGAGGAACUCUACAAGACCCUCCAGGGCUUGGAGCAUGCCGUGCUCGACAAUACGCCUAACUCCCAGGUAUCGCUUCUGAAGUUCUAUACUUCGCUCCUCCGCCGGUGGACCAUCGUCAUGGAGGCCGCAAACGGCGUCGACACCCUCCCAUGGGCCACGAUACCCCGCCUUAUCGACUAUGUCAACCAGCUUGCUCUGACCCUGACGCAAACCUCGCCAACAGUGGGCACACAGCUCGUCAUCCUUGACUUUUACGGGGCUUCGGCGGUUCUCUAUUCGAGCAAGAAGCUGCUCCAGCACAUCGAGAUCACCAUCCCGCCUCCGCUGCUCGUGUACCUCGUCUACUUCAGCCCCUCGCUCGCCGUCGCGUCCCGGCUCUGCGGCAUACUCGCCUCUUACAAGCGGGCCUGGGAGACGGUCAUGUCCCCGGCCGUUGCGCGGCAGUUGACGCGCCGGGAGCGCGACCAGGUCAACGUGUUUAACGGCUUCCUGAUGGAUCUUUGUAACUGCCUGUGGCGCGGCCGCGCGUUCUCCACCACGGACGUCAACGCCCAGGGGUGCCGCAUUCCGCAGCCUGUGCAGGCGACUCUCGAGGCCUACAUGAGGACGGCGGACCCGGACCUCUCGCUCGCGACGGCCUUCGGGCUCUCUCACUCGCCGCUGCUCUGCCUGCAGUCGCUCUCGUACAUACGGCAGCUGGAAGAGGACGAGAUGGAGGAUCUACGCGCCAGACACGCCGGGCCGGUAACCCAGGUCUCGCUCGGGCGCCUCGCAAACCGGGGAGGCUUGGCGCUGUCGUGGCAGGAGUACCGAUCCGGCGUGCUGGAGUAUCUUGAGGCUAAGGGGUUCGGGGGCAUUUCCGACCUGAUGUACAACACGAUGAAGAACCUGAUGAGGGCGAGACGGUCAUGA